AUGUACACAAUUGAGUUUCAAAAACGAGGAUUGCCACAUGCUCACAUAUUGAUUUUUUUACACCCUCAGAAUAAAUAUCCAACACCAGCUGAUAUAGAUAAAAUCAUAUCUGCAGAAAUUCCUGACCCAAAUGUACAUCCAACAUUGUACAAAUUGGUCUCGGCCCACAUGAUCCACGGCCCUUGCGGUGCAGCGCGGAUGAAUUCACCCUGCAUGAAAAACCAAAAAUGCUCAAAAUUCUUCCCGAAGCGUUUCCAAGAAGAUACUGUCGUUGAUGCAGAUGGCUAUCCCCUAUACAGAAGACGGGCUAAUUCCCAUGUCAUCCAAAAAAAUGGUGUUUCUUUGGACAAUCGACACGUUGUACCUUACAAUACAAGAUUCCUAUUGAAAUAUCAUGCACAUAUUAACAUGGAGUGGUGUAACCAAAUUACAUCAAUCAAAUAUCUAUUCAAAUAUAUUCACAAGGGAUUUGAUAGAAUCGGAGCAACAAUUUCAACUUCUAACAACGGAUCGGGAAACGACAGAGAGCCUGUUGAUGAAAUCAAACAGUAUCUGGAUUGUAGAUAUGUCUCCCCGAGUGAGGCGUGUUGGAGGAUUUAUUCCUACAACAUUCAUGGCAGGAAACCGGCGGUCGAACAUAUGUAUUAUCAUUUAGUAGGUGAGCAAGCAGUUUACUACCCGGAUCACGCGAGAAUGGAAAAUAUUUUGGAAAAAGCAAGUGUAACGGAGUCUAUGUGUACUGCUUGGUUUGUUGCUAACGCGAAAUACGAGGAGGCAAGGUCACUGACAUAUGGUCAAUUUGUCACUAAUUUUGUUUACGAGAAAAAGAGCAGAACAUGGAAACCGCGGAAAAGGGCUUCACCAUUGGUCGUUUAA